AAAAAAAAAAAAAAGAAAAAUUGGCACGAUGCGUUUGCACCUGGUGUUGUUUUCUUUUUUCUUACUGGAUAAUCAAGUGAAAGCCAUUUGGCCCAAAGUCCCAAAUCCCUUCCCUUACAUUUGGUGGGGAUAUAAUCCACGAUCGACAUCUUCGAGUUCCUCUUCCUCGGAAGAGCAUUGCGCCGAAUGUACACAAAAUAAAAUCGGCCUGUUAACUGCUACUGAUCCGAUUUUAACGGAGCUAAGAGUCGAAUAUGUCAAACAGCAAAUCCUCAAGAAGUUGCGGCUUUCCAAACCACCCGAGAUAUCGAUGCCGCUCUCGACCUUGCCGAAGCCUCUGAUAAAUGGUCGUGUACUCGAACUUCGACCCGGAGCACCACUCGAGCCGGAAAAAUCAGUGGACAGUUUCUAUGGGAAAACUGAUCAGAUCGUCGUUUUUCCAAACGAAGGUAUUGCCAAUUCGAAGCAAUGUCAACAAACAUCGAAUCAUUUAAUGGGUUUCAAUCCGGCAGCCUGCUUCACGUUUUAUCUACCGAACGAAAUGCGAUUCGUGGAUGUGACUUCGGCGCAACUUUGGUUUUACAAGGAGUACGAUGAAAACGACGAUCUAAAUCAAACUUUCGUGCUCUCUGAACUCGACCAUUGGGAUUUGAGUGGAAAUUUUGAAAAAAAUAUGAUUAUGGCUAUCUUCGAAACCGAUAUUGGAGAGGGAUGGGUGAAAAGCGACGUAACCUUCACGCUGAAAAAAUGGGUGGAAGAUUUUCGAUUGGAUCACGCGAUACAGAUAGCUUGUAGUACCUGUUCGAUGGACCGAGAUACAGCACCUGUAUCCGUUAAACAAACGUUGAAACCCUUCCUUGUGAUAUACACAUCGCCGUUACCGCAGAAAAACAGGCCGAAGAGGAAUUCGAAUUGUCUGCCGGAAAUGAAGGAGUGCUGCAGAGACGAGCUUUACAUUAAUUUCAAAGACAUCGGUUGGAGCGAUUGGAUCCUUCAUCCAAGCGGAUAUCACGCGUAUUUCUGUCGUGGAUCUUGUUCUUCCGCUGCUUCGCUAACCAUCAGUGGAUCUGCCUACAACAACGUAAUUAGAAGGUUGUUGACUAAAAAUGGUAACACAAUGCGACGUAAAAACGAAAUUGUUCCGUGUUGUUCACCUACACAACUAUCACCGAUACAAUUGCUCUACGUUGAUUCCAACAAUACCAUCACGCAAAAGACUCUACCAAACAUGGUAGUCGAAGCCUGCGGAUGCAUGUGAUUCACGAAAAUCAUCCAAAUUCUCCCAUAAAUCCUCCCAAAAUAUUCUUCAUUGAAUUGAUAGAUUCGAAUUCAAACUUGCAUUGUACUUGUAUCUAUCGUUUCUAAGGCAACGAGAGUUUGAUUCCUAUUAUCAUACAAAAUGAGUUCCUUGUGAAUAAACUUGCACGUGCAAUGUCUCUAUAUUCUGAAGUUCGGGGACGAAAAUGUAAGCUUUAACUCUGAAUUUCAGGAAUGAAAUAGCUUUAACUCUAGAA